ACCAGAAACGGACCAACGGGAGAAACAUAUCCGAUUGUGAAGGGUUCUCAACUAUAACUGACUAAAAACGGAAUAAGCGCCAAAAUACUUUACAAAUAUACAUCGGACAGUUACUUUUUUCAGGCAGCUACUGUCCGUUUCAUCUGUCACACGGAUCUACGCCACGCUUCUUGUUUUACGGUAACGAUACACUGCAAACAAGAAUAACAAUGGCUUCUGGGUCACCGUCGUCCUCUCCGGACACUGCGACCGGGUCGGGUACCGACCCACCCCGGCCCGACACAGGAGAGCCGCUCGGUGGAGCAGGCUCAGACUCCGACUCGGACCUGGGUUUGGGUAAAUUUGAUUGCAGCGCCAUGGAAAUGGUGGACCAGCUGGAGGGUGAGGAGCUGGAGCGGGAGUUUGAGUCUGCAGCUGACCGCGUACGAGAUCUUGUUCACACGGCCAGCAGGGACCAGCUGCUGUACCUUUAUGCUCGCUACAAACAGGUCAAAGUGGGAAAGUGUAAUACACCAAAGCCUGGCUUCUUUGAUUUUGAAGGACAGAGGAAAUGGCAAGCCUGGAAGCAGCUUGGAGACAUGGAUGCGGAGCAAGCAAUGCAGGAGUAUAUUUCCCGUGUCAAUGUGUUAGACCCUGAAGGCAGUACAAAGGAAAGACGAGGAGCAGAAAGGAGAACAGGCUUCGGAGGAGCAGCAGUCAGCUGUCUAUACCAGGAGGAGAUGAUCAGGGAGGAGGAUAAAAACAUAUUUGACUACUGCAGAGAAAAUAACAUCGACCACAUCAGCCAGGCCAUCAGCUCCCAGAAAGUGGAUGUCAAUACUAAAGAUGAAGAGGGCCGCGCUCUCCUGCACUGGGCCUGUGACAGAGGACACAAGGAGCUGGUGUCUGUAUUACUUCAGCACAAAGCAGAUAUCAACAGCCAGGAUAAUGAAGGACAGACGGCGCUACAUUAUGCAUCGGCGUGCGAGUUUGCCGACAUUGUGGAGCUCCUGCUGUACGCCGGAGCCGACCCGUCCAUCCAACCUGAGGAGGUCACCGAGUCAAGUGCCAUCUCCUCCCUCCUGCGUCAGUACACUGCUCCGAAAGGCUAGAAUACUGGGCACCUACCGCCACCCAGUCCCCACCCCGCCAUAGUCUCAGUUCAGCGCCACUCAUUCGCCAAGCCUCCUCACCGUCCUUGCUUCAGCCCUAAAGAGACUCUGUUCAACCCCAGCAGUUCGAAAACCAAGACUGCAACAGAUUGACUUAGCUUUUUGGUGUGAAGGGUUUAAAUAGUAGCCCUUCCAUUGGCUAAGACACGCAAAAUGAAACACACCACACAUACUUUAAUUCAUCUACUGCCUUUAUCAGCACAUAUGACAAUUACUGUGAGACAACAGAGAUCUGUCAACUUGAGACUUGGCUAUACUGAGAUAGCUGUAGCUUAAAUACUGUAUCUCUUGUUGUAAAAGACUAUUGCUUUGCUCAUCAAUCAACAGUAUAAAUUCCAGGAAACAAUGAUAUCACAUUAUUUAUCAUUAUCAUGAUAUAAAAGAUUUUAUACAUACAGUGUGGCCCACUCCAGGUCUGACAACCGGCCAGGCCUUUUAGUCUGGGUCAACCCUCUGUGACCAAUUACAUUAUUGCAGAUUUGUUCAUGAUUCAGUUGUGUUACUGUAUGUUCCAAGGAAUGCUUUAAUCAUUUGACAUUUAUCAUCAUUAGUGUUUAAAGUUGACUUUCUCUGUUCACAAAUGUUAUUGAUAGCUAUCAUACUGUAACAUUUAGAGUUUGAAAUCACAGUGCACGUGUAUAUACAGUAUACAUGUAUAUACUGCUGCAGUGAUACCUCCACUGAAUAUCCUCCUCAGCUGUAUCUUACCUUAGUGGUGAGCACAAUAAACCUGAUCCUUACAUCAUUCAUACUGAUUAAAUUAAUACACGUAUGUACCAGCCACCAACACAUGAACAUUCGGUAUUCAUUUAUUGGCUUUAACAGUCAAUACACUUCCUCAUUAUUUAUGAUAAGCUUCAUUAGAAUAAAAAAGCAUUUGUCUUGUUGAGUUGUGUCAACCAUCUCUCACCAGAAGGCAAAUUUAAAAAAAAAAAAAAUCACUUAAUACAUGAUGGCAUGGGCCAAGCAUGCACGUGAUCUCUGCUCUGUUUGCACUACUCCACUAGCUACAGGUGUUAUGUGUAACUUUGUCUUUCUUCAGAGGCUGUAAUAAAUGAUGGACGUUCUUAGCUUUUGGAGGUCAUCU